CUUCGCCACUCGGGGUCUUGCCCCAUACCACAUCCUCCGACUUUUUGACCGCCGCGGACGCGGGCUCGUCAGAUGGCUCCUUCGCCGGGCGCCUAUGCCGCAGGGCGCUCUGCCCGCUCGCCGAUUUCGCGCUCAUGUCGCGCUUUUUGACCAAGAAAAAGCGGAGAAGAUGGCGGUCGGUGGAGGAAUACGGCUGGAGGGCUGGAUAAAAUACGUGCACGGACUGCCGUCGUGUGCAAGGCGUGUUCCGGAUUUUAUGUCGGGAAAUAGGCCGAUAUAUUACCUCAAGGACGCACGCGUUGCUCGGCCCGCGCCGUUCCGUGCAUAUGAUUUCCUGGAGACCUCAAAUAGGAGCAAACAGGCUCUUGAAGUUUUCCACCAUCAUCUCCGUCUCCUCUCCUCCUUUCUCGUCCCUCCUAUUUCCACCUCUGACGUCCCUUGUAUCUUCUACGGCAGCCCUUACCGCACCAAUUCAUCAUGAUCUCCUUCUAUCUGUGUGUUCCCUGUCUCGUGCUCACUAUCUGCGCUCUACCCGCCCACUACCCCCUCUCUAUUCACUCCGAUCUCGAUCUUUCCUACCGAGUACUGGAGUUGCUUAUGAGGGAAGAACGACAUGGCAUUAAUUUCGGUGGCUCCCACCUUUCCCUUGGGAUGCGGCCUUACGAGGUGCCAUACAUGUUCGCCCUACGUCCUCCCUUGUCGUUACCUUUCGUUGCAUUUCUCAUACCUUGCCAUCUGCGUACAGAGGCGAAUAGAUCACGUUCGGUCGUUCAUCCCUACAUCCUCAUGCGCUGUGAUGUUAUGCGUGAGCUGUUCAGCGCAUGGACGCAUCAUGCACCCUCGUGGAGUGCACCCAAUGCUGUGCCCAAUUCGCGGGCAAGCGACACGAGUCUGAGGGGACAAGAAGGCCUUCAGUACGUAUGCGGCUUCUCAAGGAGUCAGUGGGUAUUCGGGCCACCUCUAGUAGGCGCGACGCACGAUGUUGACAAAGAAUCAUCCCCGUACAUCGAUAUCUGGAAGCCCUCUACACGUCCGGCAACAGAACGGUUGAUUAGCGCAUCUUGAUAGAAGUGCAGUGGGUAUCGCUGCUGUUGCACUAUCCUGCGAAAUAGCCUUUCAUUCUUCACACCAUCGCGAUACCCAUGCCGGUAAACACUCCGUGGUCGUUUGUUGCUGGGAAGGAUUGCCCAGGAGACCUCCCGAGCUGAUG